AUGGCCACAAGAGUGCGAGUACUUGAUCUGUACAAAAGAAUGCUCUGGCUUGGCCGAGAUUGGCACCAAGGCCAGGCCCAGUUUACUAGGUCCCUGUCGAACGCUUUCCGAAAAAACAGCCAAGAAGAAAACCCGGAGAAAAUCGAAAAACUGAUCUUUCACGCAGAAUUCGUCGAAAAAGAAAUUUUGGCGCUGUACCAGCUCAAGAAAUAUAGAAGCAUGAAGAAUCGAUAUGGCGAUCAUGGGAGCUACGCAGUCGAGUGCCAGAGGAUAAUGCAAGCGGCCGAGGCUGAUAUUUAA